UUCUUUGAUUUUAAGAGGUUUGUUCGUUAAACCUCUAAUCCAAUCCAUAUAAAUAUAUAUUCUCCUCCGCUAAACCCCUCCCGAUUUCAUCGUUCUCUCCUCAACUGUAAGCUAUCCCAUUUCUCAUCUAUUCGUCUUUUUCUCCGUUGCCAAUCUCUCUCUCUCUCUCUCUCUCUCUCUCACAUGUGUCUCUGAGUUCUCCCAUUUGAUUUCCUUCGAAAGAAUGAAGCUAUCUAACGGAGAAACCAAUGAUUCUGUCAAAGGGAACCCUCCGGAGAAUGGAGUUGAUGAUGGCCGGCAUAUAAAUGGGAAAAUUGAUGACGAGAUUCCGAUAAAGUUGGAUUCGGAAAAUCAAGGGGAACCGGAAGAAUGCUCCGAAAUUGAGAUCAAGGACGGACAAAUAGCAGAUAAAAAAGACUCGACGACCGAAAUACCCAAAGAUAUUCAAAUUAUCUCGCCCGAUACUCCUCACAUGCCUGAGAUGUCGGAUAAUACUGAAAUUAUCCCGCCCCAAAACAGUCACGUAAUGAAAGAGGAAAAUAUAGCCGUUACAGGCGAUGAUCAUCUACAAAUAAUCCAACCUCUGUCUCAACUCCCAAAGCCAGAGGCACCACCAGGCCUUGCCCCUUCUCCGACGCCAAAAGAAGACGGACUUGUUUUCAAUCGGUCAAAAUCCUUAUCGGAAAGUUUAACAGUCGACAUGCCGUCAAUCGGGAAAUUCAUUAAAGAAAGAAGCAACAGCUUAUCGGCGUCGAUUGCGAAUCGAUUAUCGUCUCUGAGAAAUAACAGCCACAACUAUGAAGACAAGGAGACUAACAAUAAGAUGAAGUCUGUGGACUCAGAUGUUACGGAAUUCAACAUAUCGGGGCUCAAAGUCAUAGUGAGGCUCAAAAACGAUGAAGAAUUAAAGGGACGAAUAAGCUUCUUCUCGAGGUCAAAUUGCAGGGAUUGCACAGCAGUACGAUCAUUUUUUAGGCAGAAAGGAUUGAAAUUCAUCGAGAUUAACAUCGAUGUGUUCCCACAGAGAGCACAAGAGCUUAUAGAAAGAACAGGGAGUUCACAGGUGCCACAAAUUUUCUUCAACGAUAAGCUAUUUGGCGGUUUAGUGGCGUUGAAUUCGUUGAGGAACAGCGGAAUUUUCGACCAGAGGUUGAAGGAGAUGCUAGGGAGUAAAUGCUCCGGUGAUUCACCGGCAGCUCCUGUGUACGGGUUUGAUGAACCGGAGGAGGAAUCGAUGGACGAUAUGGUGGAGAUCGUAAGGGUUUUGAGACAGAGAUUGCCUAUUCAGGACCGUGUGAUGAAGAUGAAGAUUGUGAAGAACUGCUUUGCUGGGUCUCAGAUGGUGGAAGUGCUGAUACAGCAGCUGGAUUGCGGCAGAAAGAAGGCUGUUGAGAUUGGCAAGCAGCUUGCAAGGAAGCAUUUCAUCCAUCACGUCUUUGGGGAAAAUGACUUUGAAGAUGGAAACCACUAUUAUCGUUUUCUUGAGCAUCAACCAUUCAUUUCCAAAUGCUACAAUUUUCGAGGAUCUACAAAUGACAGUGAACCCAAGUCAGCAAUAAAGGUUGGCCAAAAGCUCAACAAAAUAAUGUCUGCAAUACUUGAGUUCUAUGCCUCUGAUGACAGGUGCCAUGUUGAUUACGCUAGCAUUAGCAGAAGUGAGGAAUUCAGAAGAUAUGUAAAUUUGGCUGAAGAUCUCCACAGGGUGGAUCUACUAGAACUCUCAACAGAUGAGAAACUGGCCUUCUUUAUGAACCUGCAUAAUGCCAUGGCCAUCCAUGCUGUAAUUAGAUUGGGGUGCCCUGAAGGGGUAAUCGAUCGGAGAUCCUUCAAUUCAGACUUCCAAUACAUUGUAGGAGGAUCUGCUUACUCGCUCAAUACCAUAAAGAAUGGAAUUCUCAGAAACAAUCGAAGACCUCCAUACUCGUUGGUAAAGCCCCUUGGAGCUGGAGACAAACGGUUGGAGAUAGCUCUUCCUAAAGUGAAUCCAUUAAUUCAUUUUGGGCUCUGCAAUGGGACAAGGUCAAGUCCCACAGUAAGGUUUUUCACAGCCCAAGGAAUUGAAGCUGAAUUAAAAUACGCUGCUAGGGAGUUCUUCCAAAGAACUGGAAUGGAGGUGGACUUGGAAAAGAGGGCAGUUCAUCUCACACGGAUCAUCAAGUGGUUCAGCGCAGAUUUUGGACAAGAGAGAGACAUUCUCAAGUGGAUUAUCAACUACUUGGAUGCAACCAAAGCGGGUCUUCUGACACAUCUUUUGGGAGAUGGUGGCCCCAUCAACAUUGUGUACCAAAACUAUGAUUGGUCUGUCAAUUCGUGAGGUACCCACAUAGUGCUGUUGUGGUAUUAUUUAGUGUGUGUGUGUGUGUGUGUGAGAGAGAGAGAGAGAGAGAGAGAGAGAGAGACUGCAUUGGCCAGAGGCAUUUUGUACAUAAUACCGAAAAUUUGGAAGCAAUCACCUGGCCAAUAUAGGGGGAUUUAUUGAAUCACAGAGUAAUAUAUACUUUUUUUUUUAAUUUGCGAAUGCAAACAAUGAUGGAUUUGGUUAUUCAGAAAGAAAACAGUGCUGAAUACACAGAUGAAGUUGCCCUGUUUUAA